UGCCCGGGUCCAACGACGCCAGACUGUACUCGGAUAUCGCCGAGAUCAUGAUGCGAGACACGACCAAGUCCAACCCCAAGUCGGAGGGCAACUGCAAGCUGUUGUUCAACCCGCUCAACCUGAACAAAACGAACGGGGAGGCCUUCUAUGACAGUCUUGUGAAGGCCAGAGACAACUUCGACAGCAGUAACGUCGCCGUGGCCAUCGGUCCUUUCAUCGAGGUGUUUUCAUCGACCUCCUACGUCAUCACCAAGCAGGUGCACAUGCUGACGUCAGCUGCCGGACAGAAUGCCGGCAUGAUGGAUCCCAAACGUGUGGUCUCGAUCUUACCGGAACCCAGUUCCUUAUCGACGGGUAUAGCAAAGACGGUGAUCAGGAUAGGAUGGAAGAAUGUUGCAUUCCUCGCACAAGAUGACUUCUCCCCCGUGCUGAGCCUGGGGCAGAACAACGUCACCGUGUGGCCCAUACGUCUCCCAAAUAAGGUCAGGUCACCAGAUGACCCGGAACUCGUCAGAAACCUGAUCGAACUGCGCAAGUCAGAAAAAGAGAGGUUCAUCCUACACUCAAACAAGCGAGAUGUCGUCAUGAAUGUUCUCAUAGCGGCGCAGCAACUCCAUCUACUCCAUCACUCAAUCGAAUGGUUUGUUACCUACCCUGACUUUUACGAUCUGAUCAGGGAAAACGAAACAUGGCCGGGUACUCUAUUUGGGCUGCAACUGCUCGUCUCCUCCAAGAUUCCACCCAAUAUUUCUGAGGUCGUGAAGGCCAACAACAUGACCUUGUCCCGUCUGGAACUCGGGUUGGCCGUGGACGUGGUUGGCAUCCUGAAACACGUCAUCAUGAACGAGUACAAGAACUGCGUCACGCCGGUCGUCACCGAGAACAAAUUCGUGUCUAACGAGAUCUUCCAGUGGCAACUGGAGAACCAGGUUACACAGCGUGAUACCAUGCGCUACCACGGUGCCUUGGGUGAGUACGCCUGGCACAAGGAGACCAAGGUCCGAACAGGUUUCAACAUCGACAUCAUCAUGUACCACAACGGUAAACCUACCAGGGCCGGCAACAUCACGUUCCACAACAACGACUGCACCGUGAACUACUUCAAGUCUAGGGUCAACAGGACCAGAGCCAAGGAGCACUUCCUGUUCGGGAAGGACGAGAUUCUUAGAGUGGCGACUAAAGAGCAAGAUCCCUUCGUCAUAAAGAGAGGUGACGGCUACAUCGGGUUCAGCAUUGACCUCCUGGACCUGCUCAAGAAGAAGGUCAACUUCUCCUACGAGCUGUUUGAGGCAGAGGACGUCAAGACCAACGGCUCUAGUCCCCUGGGGGAGAACGGGAUGGUGUACGCUCUACAGACGGGGAAUGCCAGUAUGGCUAUAGGUGCCCUGGAGGUCUCAGCAGAGAGGGAGAACACCAUCUCCUUCUCCUACACCAUCCUCUCCUCCCAAGCCUCCAUCCUCAUCAAAAAGGCGGACAGCACCACAAACUUCUUCCAGUUUCUGGGGCCAUUUUCUGCAUGGCUGUGGCUGAUGAUCCUAGUGUUUAUAAUGGUGGCUGGUGUCUCGCUAUACGUCAUGAGCAGGUUCGAUCCCACCCAGGAAGGAAACAUCCAGCGGUUUGAUCUGAAGGAGAGUCUGUGGUACAGCAUCAACAUCGUCUUACAGGGAUCCACAGACUAUUCCCCGCAGACGACCUCCAUGCGAGCCAUCAUCGCCUUCUUCUGGUUCUGUGUUCUGAUCAUUGAGGCGGCCUACACGGCCAAUCUGGCAGCUCAUCUCACACUCCAGCAGAUAGACAACCGCAUCAAAACCGUGCAUGAUCUGGCCAGUCAGACGCUGCUUAGGUACGGCGUGGAGAAGGGGACAGAACUGCAUAAAUUCUUUCAACUCCAGAAAGAGGACCCCUACCAGAGGAUGUGGACCUUCAUGAAGCUCCACGAGGCCGACGUCGUCUUGGAAAACACAACGGAAAUCAUAGACCAGGUCAAGGCCGGAAAACUUGCCUUCAUCGCAGACGGCGUCACCAACGGUUACUAUGCCAACCAACACUGUGGGAUCGAGAGUAUAGAGCAGAAUUUUGGGAGCAAGGAUUUUAGCUUGGGCUUUCCAAAAGGGGCUCCGUAUUUAGACGACAUAAACAGGGCUCUGCUCCAGCUCAAGGAAGAGGGGGCUCUGGACACAUUGAAAGAAAAGUGGUGGUCUACUGGACGAAACUGCACGGAAAAAGACAAGUCCAGAUCCAUCAGUCAAAAGACCACGCCCGAACUAGAACUGACCAAUAUGAUUGGUGUCUUCAUCGUUCUCGCUGUUUUCAUCAUACUAGCUGUCGUUGUGGACGUGGGGAGCCGGUUCUACAAGUUUGAGAAGAGCAAGAGAGAGGAGAAGACGAUGGGAGGGAGUACAAAAGUGAGGGAGGAGGAUGGGAGGGGUGAUAAGAUUGAGAUGAGGAAUGGGAAAUGAUAUAUGUUUGGGAGUAGGUGUGGAUCGGAGAAAGAGUUUGGUUAGUGUAUGUGUAAAAUUUAGUUCAAAGAAAUAAUAAGACAUUAAGAAUGGUUUGGUUAGGGUAUGGUACCGUGUAA